AUGGUGAACGCUUCUCUAGUGUUUUUGGAAAGACGUGAUAACUCGUGUAGAGUUACUUUCACUGGAAUGUUAGCCAAUUGGGUCAUAACAUCGAAGUGGUGUUCCUGCUGUGUCUUCUCAGCAGGUGCGGGAGGUGUUGUAAUCGUCUCUACCUCAGCUAGUCGAUCAGAGGUCCGGCCCCUUGCUCCUCCCGUUGCUGCCCCUCCCUUUCCCCUUGCCCCCUCCGCCCCGCCGCCCCCCAGCCCCCCCCCUCUCGCGGGGCCCCUUGGCCCACCCCCCAGCCUCCGCCGCCGCCCUCGCGGCCCGCGCUUUCCUCCCGCUGUCACUCCUUCCCGGCCUGCGCCGUUCUGCCUCUCCCUCCCUGUUGAGCGCCCACCCCAGCUCCAGCUGCCGCCCCCGCCGUUUUUGCUGCCCGCCGCGGCCCUGCGUCUCCCCUCCCCUUUCCCAGCCCCCCUCGUGGCGCCGGGGUGGCCCCACGGGGCCCCGCCCCCCACUCCCCCCGCUGGGGGUGCUUCCGCGUCCGCCCCCCGGUCCCGGCCGCUCUCCGCCCGCCGCGUGCCUCCCCCCCCGCGCGCCCCUCGGCCGGUGCCGCCUCCGCCGCCGUCUCGUUCCCCGCCGCCCUUGGCCGCGGCCCCCGGCCCGGCCGCCCUCCGCGUCUUCGCUCUCCCUUCUCCCCUCGUGCCCCUUCCCGGCCCCGCUCCCCCUGUCUGCCGUUGCUUGCGGUUGUUCCACGGCCCCCG